AUGGAAAAGUAUAUUUCAUUCUCACUAGGUAAAAGUCUAGUGUUCAUUGAUUCAAUACAGUUCAUGGCUUCUUCCCUGGAGGCACUUGCGAGUAAUCUUUCACCUGAAGACUUCAAGAUAGUCGGUCAGCGGUGGCAAGGAGAGGACUUCGAUCUCGUAAGACAGAAAGGUAUAUUUCCAUAUGAAUACUUAGAUGAUAUCAGCAAACUCGACACCAAGGAACUUCCAAGCAGAGACAAAUUCUACUCAUCUCUAUAUGAAUCUGAAGUGAAAGAAGAAGAUUACCAGAGAGCUCUAAAAGUCUGGGAUCACUUCAAGAUGAAAACAAUGAGAGAUUACCACGAUCUCUACCUGGAGACUGACGUUCUUCUUCUAGCAGAUGUUUUCGAGAAUUUCAGGAAGACCUGCUUGGAGAAUUACAAGCUUGACCCUGCUCAUUGCAUCUCAGCACCAAGUCUAAGUUGGGACGCAUUCUUAAAGCAGUCAGGUGAGGAAAUAGAAUUGGUAAGCGAUAUGGAUAUGUUUCAGUUCUUUGAGAAAGGAAUGCGCGGUGGGGUAAGUCAUAUUGCUCACAGACACUCUACAGCGAAUAAUAAGUAUAUGGAAACCUAUAACGAAGAAGCUGAAAACAAGUUCCUGAUGUACCUAGACGCCAACAAUUUAUAUGGCUGGGCGAUGUCUCAACCGCUGCCUAACGGUGAAUUUGAGUGGAUUGAGAACGUUGACGAAAUAAAUAUUGAUGACUACUUAGGAGACAGUGGAAGGGGUAUGGUUCUUGAAGUUGAUAUGGAAUAUCCAGCAGAACUUCAUGACAUACAUAAUGGUUAUCCUCUGGCUCCAGAAAGUAAGGAGAUUGAUGUGUCAAUGUUAUCAGACUAUGCUAAGGAUAUUGCUGAUAAAUUCCAGCUGACAAUUGGAGGUGUGCGGAAACUGGUAAACUCCUUGGGUCCUAGAAAGAAUUACGUUCUACAUGUCAGGAAUCUAA